UCCUAACGAAACGAAAAGGGCAUAUCCGUCAAAUAUAUUACUGUCCGACGCCGGAAAAUCAAAAUCCAAGUUACUGUACUGCUUCUUCUUCCCAUUUAUCCAUCUCCCUUCUUCCCGUUUUGCCCCUCUGCAAGAUCUCGACACCGUCGCCGUCAUCUUCCCGGGAAAUUCAUCAAAAUUUGAAAAAUUCAGUCGAAUCACAGUUUUUUGUUCUGUAUUAAUCUAAAUUAUCGGAGAAAAGUUGUUUGAAUUUAUUGAAUUGACUGAAGAAUUUGGGGAAUGAGAUUUUGUUAAGGGAUAGUUAUGAGAUCAUCUAUGUCGCCGGACAAUUCAAGCAGUGCUCCGUCGACGUCGAGGAGUUCUCCUCCUUCUGCGGCAUCUCAAAAUCUCAAUUGUAAACACAGUAAUGUCUUUCAUCUGUUAACAAGGAGGGAGGUAGCUCCUCGAACUAAACGCGCUUCCAGAAAGUUUUGGGGUGAGAAUACAAAAUGUACUCUUGACUCCUAUGGGUUGAAACGCGGAGUGGGAAGUGAUGCUAGACAAGGACUAAUAUCGUGGGUAGAGGCAGAGUCGUUGCAACAUUUAUCAGCCAAGUAUUGCUCACUGUUGCCUCCUCCAAGGUCUACCAUUGCAGCAGCAUUCAGUCCUGAUGGGAGGACACUUGCUUCUACGCAUGGAGAUCACACAGUGAAAAUAAUUGACUGUCAAACUGGGAAAUGCUUAAAGGUUAUGAGUGGACACCGCAGGACACCUUGGGUGGUUCGUUUCCAUCCGUUGUACCCUGAAAUACUUGCAAGUGGAAGUUUGGACCAUGAAGUUCGGUUGUGGGAUGCAAAAACUGCAGAGUGUAUAGGAUCGCGUGAUUUUUAUCGUCCCAUUGCAUCCAUUGCAUUCCAUGCCCAGGGGGAAGUUCUGGCUGUUGCUUCAGGCCACAAGCUUUACAUAUGGCACUAUAACAGAAGAGGAGAGGCUUCUUCACCAGCAAUCAUACUGAAGACACGGCGUUCUCUUCGUGCUGUCCAUUUCCACCCACAUGGUGCCCCGUUUCUUUUAACAGCUGAGGUCAACGAUCUGGACUCAUCAGAUUCCUCAAUCACUCGUGCGACCUCUCCGGGUAACUUGCAGUAUCCUCCUCCUACUGUGUAUUUGACUGAUGCUCAUUCCACUUAUCAAUCUGCUUCAGCAAAUGAACUGCCUAUCAUGUCUCAACCAUUCCUGAUCUGGCCGUCAAUUGCAAGAGGUGAUCCUAGAAUGCCCAUGCAGCAGAGUGAUACAGAUGUGGGAUCUGAUAGUAUACAGCAGAGAGCAGACACUUCGUCAUCUGUCCGUCUUCUUACAUAUUCAACUCCGUCCGGCCAGUAUGAACUUUUAUUGUCGCCUAUUGAGCAAAGUGCAUCUCCUACUCAAGAAGCUCAUACUAGUUCUUCUGUCAGGGAAAACGAAACAGGUAAUCAACCUUUAGUUGAUCCCAUGGAGACUGAUGGGCAGCCAGAAGAGAGAAACAAUCAGUUUUUCCCUUUUAGUGACCCGGCAUACUGGGAAUUGCCUUUUUUGCAAGGAUGGUUGAUUGGUCGAAGCCAAGCUACUCGUUCAGAGCUUAGUGGUGCUACCAUCAAUCCAUCAACUUAUGGUGAACUGGAAAAUCCUUCUUCUGUUCCCUUGGUAAUUUCAAGCAAUAGUCAUCCAAGGUCCGGAAGAUCUGGUUCUCGGCACCGUUCUUCUCGCUCUCGGGUGAUCCCUGUUGCUGGAGCUGGUGAUGGCGCUGCUCCCGUUAAUGUUAUGCAUGAUGAGAGUGAUUCACAAAUUUCUAUUGGUCGCAUCCAGUCAGAGAUAGCUACUUCACUUGCAGCAGCAGCGGCUGCUGAAUUACCUUGCACUGUGAAACUCAGAAUAUGGCCUUAUGAUAUUAAGGUUCCAUGUGCAGCCCUUGAUGCUGAAAGAUGUCGCUUAAUAAUACCUCAUGCCGUACUUUGCAGUGAAAUGGGAGCCCAUUUUUCACCAUGUGGGAGAUUUUUAGCAGCUUGUGUUGCAUGUAUUCUGCCGAACUUGGACUCUGAUCCUGGUUUUCAUGGUCAUCUUCAUCACGAUACUAUGGCAGCUGCGACUUCUCCAACCAGACAUCCAGUUGCUGCCCACCAGGUUAUGUAUGAGCUACGGAUAUAUUCCCUGGAGGAGGAAACGUUUGGUUCCGUGCUUGCAGCUCGAGCAAUUAGAGCUGCUCAUUGUUUAACUUCAAUUCAGUUUUCUCCAACUUCAGAGCAUCUGUUACUUGCUUAUGGGCGUCGCCAUAGUUCACUACUGAAAAGUGUUGUGAUUGAUGGAGACACAACUAUACCCAUUUACACGAUUCUUGAGGUCUAUAGAGUUUCUGAUAUGGAACUUGUGAGAGUUCUUCCCAGCACGGAGGAUGAGGUCAAUGUCGCUUGUUUCCAUCCUUCGGUUGGUGGUGGCCUUGUCUAUGGAACCAAGGAAGGGAAGUUAAGGAUUCUCCAAUAUGACAAGUCGAAUAGCCUGGGUCGCACAAUAUCCUGUUCUCCUGUCGAGAACAUGCUCGAGGUCCCAACAUAUGCUUUAGAAGGCUAGUAACUUGUGAUGAUAAGAAAAGGUGAUAGGGUCUCGUAUCAAUAUACUAGUCCGCUAUGGCUAGCGGCUGCAAAGAUGAGUGCUUUUGCUGAGGACCUUGAAACCUUGAAACCUUGAAACUUAAUGCAGUACAGCUACAGCAGUAUGUGGAAGAGGUUUAUACUUGAGCUUGUCUAACCUAUAGUCACUACAGAUUUAAGACUAAUGGCACUUUCAGGGACUGAAAGAUUCACAGAGCGUCUCGCUUGGACUACUACCCAUGUGACUGCACGAGUGCUCUAGAGUUCUGUUUGAUGGAAG